AUGGCACGUAAACUAUCGGCAAAUAGAGGCGCAUUUGACACUUCAACCUCAAAUCCAUGUCGUUUUGGCGCAAACAAUAAGCUUCGCAAUUUUUCGAAUGUCUUCUAUGGUGGAGCAAUGAUUGCACCACAAAAGAGAACUGCAAGUGCGCCUGUGAAACAAUCGCCGAUCAAUUGGAAUCGGACUCUUCCUAUGUCAUACCAGUCAUUACUAACAACAACAACACAACAUCCACCACAAUCCACUUCAUCACAAAGCUGUAACAAAAAGGAAAUUAUACAAAAAGAACACGACCGACUAAAGCAAAUCAUCAACAACAGAACGCAUAUGGCUGGUGUGCAGAAUUUGUUGAAAUAUUAUUCGAAACAUGAUAAAUCGACGACUGGUAACGGUGCAGCAACUUGUUCGUCAGCAGAGAAACCACAGCCAGCCAGUUCGUUGAAGGAGUUCAUUGAAAACGAGGCCAAACGUGAAGCGCUUAACAAAUACAAAACGCCAGUGUUGGGAAGAGGUCAACAGAAUGGUAUUAUUUCACUGUGUAGUCCAAAGAAGAGAGCAUCAGCCCGGCAAGAUGCUGCCGAACGAGCAAAGCAAAGAGCAAUCGCGGUCAUCCGUUCGAAAGGUGGUGUCGACAAACUUCAGCCGAAAUCUAAAGCCGAAUCGUCACGGAAACGUUUACGCGGUACAUUUUUCAGUCAAUACCUACGAAUCAAAAUGUUUUUGUUACUAUUUUAA